AUGUCGGACGUAGAAGAGAACACUGUCCCCCAGACCUCCGAGGAGGUUGAGGUUUCCGCCGAUGCUGCCCCCAAGGGCCAGAUGAGCGUCCUUGAUGCCCUCAAGGGUGUUCUCAAGAUCUCCCUCAUGCACGACGGUCUUGCCCGUGGUCUCCGUGAGGCUUCCAAGGCCCUCGACCGCCGUGAGGCCCAUAUGUGCGUCCUCAACGAGUCCUGCGAGGAGGAGGCCUACAAGAAGCUCGUCAUUGCUCUCUGCUCCGAGCACAAGAUCCCCCUCAUCAAGGUCCCCGAUGGCAAGCAGCUCGGCGAGUGGGCUGGUCUCUGCGUCCUUGACCGUGAGGGUAACGCCCGCAAGGUCGUCAACUGCUCUUGCGUCGUUGUUAAGAACUGGGGUGAGAUGUCUUCCGAGCGUGAGAUCCUCCUCAACUACUUCCAGACCGAGCAGUAA